AUGGAAUCUCAUAAACAGCCAUUGAAUACAAAAACUGAGAAAAUUGAAGGACCAAGGCCGUCAACAGAUGCAAUUGCAGACAUGACGCCAAUCUCAGAAAUGUCAAGCGAGCAGCAAUUAUCAGAUCUUCUUGAAAAAAUGAUUCAAAACUUAAGUUCUGCUAUCAACGAAGAAUUCAAUAAAAAUGCCCAGACAACUGAUGAAACCUUAUUUUGCUUGCCAGAUCUAAAUUCUUUUAAUUUUCAUGAAAAAGCACAACUAGCGAGAGAUUUAGCUGACUUGCUUUUUCAGUGUAAAACUAAUAGAGAAUCAAUUAGGUCUCGGCAAAGCUUAGAAAAUAUCAGAGGAAUGAGGGUUAGCCAAAGUAUGCCAGUUAAUAGGAGCUGAGGCGAAAUUUUAAAUAUGAUUUAUUCAUCACAAGCAGAACCGAUUUAUAUGACUCCAAUCCAAAUCAAAGAAUUAGUAGCUACACUUUUGCAUUUUUGUGGGAAAUCCAAGACGCAUAAUAUAAAAACUCAAUUGUUCCAAACCCAGCUGAAUUAUAUCAAUACUGCUUAUAAAUUGAACAAAAUUAAUACAGCCGCACGGAAAAAAGAAGACGAACGGUCAUAUAUGGAAAACGCGAAUUCAAAGCUGGAUGAGACUAUAAAAUUAAUGAAAAAGCAUGAAAAGAAGCUAGAAAAACAGCUAGAGGACUGCAUGUAUGAAAAUUAUUUAAGUGAUGAAUAUAAUAAACAAAUACAAGCAGAAUUAGAAGAAGCGAGAGACGCAUUAAAAGAGCUAUUAAAAGAAAGCCCAACUCAUGUUAGGCAGCAAACAGCUCCUAUGCAUAAGAAAAGUGUAAGCUCAAGUAUUAUAGUAGAAAGAUCGAGAAAUACCUUUGAAGAAGCAAGCACGAACCCAUUUCUAAUGAAAAAAUAA